AUGUGCCGCGAUUUAGCCUUGGACUCUUCUUCUGCCCUAACGUUUUCCCUUCUGGAUUCUUCUGUGGUUGAUCGAGAACUAUCAACAGUUUUGGGAGGGGGAAUAACUGAUUGGAUAUCCGACUUAAGGAUUUCUAUCUACAAUGUCAACUCUGACACUUCUGUCGUUUCCAAUCUGAGUUGGUCUUCCUUUUACUAUAACAAAGUCAAAAGUCAUUAUACUGCGGUUAAUGCUCAGGAAGAUAUUACUGCGCAUAACGAGGUACUGCGGUUAACUAUCUUCAGAUUUUAUGGAUUCAUCAAAAUAAUGUCUGACACUUCCUUUUACUAUAACAAAGUCAAAAUGGCAAACCUAACGGGGAUCAAGAAGUAUAUGUAA